UUAAUAAUGAUAAGUGUUAAAAAAAAUAAUUAUAUUAUUUUCUUAAAUCUAGCUAUAUGUAACCAUGCUAGCUAUAAAUUAGCCAACUAUGCUUCCUCCUUAGCUUCAACUUGUUUACAAACCAAAAACUUCAGCUUACCAAUUUAUUAUACACUUGAAAGAAAGAAAAAAAUAAAGAAGAUGACAUUCACAGAGAAGGAUGAAGCAUUGGUCAAAGAAUCAUGGGAUAUCAUGAAGCAAAAUAUCCCUGAAUACAGUCUUCGUUUCUUCACCAUAAUAUUGGAAAUAGCACCAGCAGCAAAAGCUAUGUUUUCAUUUUUAAGGGAUUCAGAAGAAAUUCCACAGAACAAUCCCAAGCUCAAAGCUCAUGCUGUUAAGGUUUUUAAAAUGACAUGUGAGUCAGCAAUUCAACUUCGGGAAAAAGGCGAGGUGGUUGUAGGAGAGACUACCCUUAAGUAUUUGGGAGCUAUUCAUUUGAAGAAUGGAGUGGCUGAUCCCCAUUUUGAGGUUGUGAAACAAGCAUUACUUAGAACAAUUGAAGAAGCAACCGGUGACAAAUGGAGUGAAGAAUUAAAAUGUGCUUGGAGUGUUGCCUAUGAUGAGCUAGCUGCAGCCAUUGAAGCUGAGAUGAAGGAAGAUGCAGCUUAAUCAUUGGCGUUGUAUAAUUAUAUAAAUUACCCAAAAAUAAACAAGAAAAAAUAUUUAAAAAGAAAAAGUUUGAGUUGAUUUAGUUGGUCUAAAUCAGGCAUUUGCUAUCUGUAUGAGUUCAUUAUUGAGAAAUCUGUAUUGGUUGGGGGCAAAAAAAAAAUAAGAAGUCAGAUUCAUAUCUAUUUGUAUAAUAAUAUUUAAAUCCGGUAAUUAUACGGAGUAUUGUUUA